AUGCAAUCUGCGGAUGCCACCUCAAACUGGGACUUUACCGAAGUGAUUGGUCUCCUUCGUACGCCCACGAAACCGCCAACCUCGUCGAAAGAUGAUUCGUUAAAGAACGACCGACGAAAUGGCUAUGAAGCCAACGUCGACCGUUCUUCGGACCACACACGGCUUGGAGAUUUUUCUGCUUUGUGGGAUGCUCUUCGGCAGCCUGCUGUGAUUCGGAAACCAUCCGAGGUUGACAAAACGACUAGACGUAGCUUGGAAGAAGCUUCAGCUGCCACAUACGAGGAACCGCCGUCGAAUUCUCCCUCGAAGCCGAUAUCUAUUUUAAAACGCCGGCCCGAGGUCAAGUCUCUUCGUCAGCAGACCAGACUCAACAAUGACACUUCCCUGGGCGUUCUUUCAGAUUCCACCGCAGAAGCUAUUUCUGAUGGUGAUGUCAGCGUUUUCGAUUCGCCGGUGCAACGGAAAUCUACCCUGGCAUUUGUUCCAUCCCAGAUUCACACCAUUGAAGAAAUUACCCCAGUUUUAACACCGCCGUCAUCUUGCGAAGAAAGCACUACUCCUUUGAAAACUUAUGAAAAAGUCACUGAAAAGACGCCUCGCUACAAGUCGGCAGCAGACCGCAAAGCAGGCCUGGUGCUCAAAUUAGGAAAGAAAUUUCCCGAAUUCAUAGGUCUUACACCACCUAGUCGGCUUAGUCCACAAACUCACGACCUUCACGUGUUUGUCGAUGCUUCCAAUAUUUCAAUUGGUCUUCACGACAGCUACAAGAUUCAGCAUGGCAUCCCGGUUACCACACAUAUCCGACGCCUGCCUUUGUCAUUCCAUAAUUUUUCACUUAUUCUCGAGCGGGGCCGACCUGUAGCCAAGCGGGUACUUGCAGGAUCAGAUCGAUUUGCUGCCAUUAAUGAAGCCGAGAAAAUCGGCUACGAAGUCAACAUCCUCAGUCGCGUGCACAAGGCAAAGGAAUACACCCCUCGCCAGCUAAAGUUCCGCAACACCCCCAACCACGGAGGAGGAGUCGGCUCUGAGACGGGCUCUUCUUCUCCUCCAGAAAGAUGGGUCGAACAGUGUGUAGACGAAAUUUUACACCUGAAAAUGCUGGAGAGUCUGAUUGACACGGACAAACCAGCGACCAUCGUCCUCGCCACCGGAGACGCGGCGGAAGCCGAGUUCUCCGGGGGCUUUUUGCGCAUGGUUGAGCGGGCGUUGCAAAAGGGCUGGAAUGUCGAGGUGGUUAGCUUUGCGAUGAACACGAGUUUUGCUUAUAAGCGCAAGGAAUUCCGCGCAAAGUGGAAAUCCCAGUUUCGCAUGAUCAAUUUGGAGGACUAUGUCGAGGAGAUGCUCGACAUGUGA